GACACCAACCUAUAAGACGCCCACAUUUAGCUAGAUUUGGUGUGAAGCUGCGUGGUUCCUUAUCUGCCUGAGUUCAUCCUAUCCUACUUUUUUUGUCCUUCCUUAGACAAUGAACUAUCUUUCGCUUCCCUGGCCCUGGGCUCUCGUUUUUGUGCUGAGCUACUCGUCCCGCAUGGUAGCAGCGGUGGAACAAAGCAGCGAUCAAGAAACUGAACCUCACAGACGAGCUGCCGCCAGGGAUCUGACACUCGCUACAGAAUACCUCCGGCGAUAUUACGGCCUGCAGACAGAGCCCUCCUGGCGCAGGAAGAGGAGCGACUCCUCGCUCGGAAACAGAUUGCGAGACAUGCAGCGUUUCUUUGGCCUCAACGCUACCGGCAGCCUGGACUCAGAGACCCUGGGGGUCAUGAAGGCCCCGCGGUGCGGAGUACCUGAUGUGCUGGAUUAUACUGACAAAUCUGGGAGCAGGUGGACCAAGAGGAUCAUUUCAUACAACAUUGGCAGAUACACCAGUGACAUCCCUCCCGCCACUGUUGACCGUUUGAUUGAUUCUGCCCUCAACGUCUGGGGAAGGGUCAGUCCGCUGACCUUCGUUAGGUCACUUUCCCGUGAGGCAGACAUCAUGGUGGAUUUUGCAGCCCGUGAACACGGAGAUUCCUACCCCUUUGAUGGGCCCCUGGGCACGCUGGCCCACGCAUUUGGCCCUGGGGAGGGCACAGGAGGCGACGCCCACUUUGACGAUGAUGAAUUAUGGACAGCUGGGUCACAUGGGUUCAACCUGUACCUAGUUGCAGCACAUGAAUUUGGCCACUCCUUGGGUCUUGGACAUUCUACUAACCCAGAGUCUCUGAUGUAUCCUACAUACAAGAGACAAAACCAACACAAUCUGCUUUCGAGGGAAGAUGUCGUUAAAAUCAAUAUCCUUUAUGGAACAAGAGGAAUCCUGCCAUAUUACUAUUCAAAGACAAGUUUGAGUCCCUACUACAACAUCUGGAAUCUAGUUCCUCGGUAUCCUCUUCUGAUGCAAGAUAAGUGCAACCCAAACCUGUCUUUCGACGCCGUUACAUCAGUGGGAGAUGCCAACAUGUUUUUCAAAGACAGCUAUCUCUGGAUCAAGUAUGACCAGCAGUGUGAGACUAAAGAAGGUCCGGUCAGAAAUUUCAUCCCGAAAAUUGACUCGAACAUCGAUGCUGCCUACUCCGUUCCCCAACGGUCCCUCGUUUACCUAUUUAAAGCAUCCAAGUUCUGGACCAUGAAGGGAUCUCAGGUGAGAAAAAAACCGAAAUCCAUCUACAAAUUUGGGAUUUCCAAGGAGGUGGAGCGCUUAGACGCGGCGGUGCAUGUGAACGACACGGGGCACACUCUGUUAUUCGUCAAGGACAUGUACUGGAGCUACAAUGAAAACCGAAGAGCUAUGGUAGACUCCAAACCUCGAUAUAUCAGCGAGGAUUUCCCAGGGAUAAAUGCAUCAAUAAGUGCAGCGGUCUACAAAGACGGUUUCAUCCAUUUCUUCGUCGGGCCAGUAGUUUUUAAGUACAACUAUGUCCAGAAGCAGGUCGUCAGCGUGGGCAAAGCAAACAGUUGGUUGGGUUGCUAAGAAACAUGAAGAUGUUGGCUGUUGAUUAUAAUAUAUUCUGUCAAGAUAACCAAUAAAGUUUUACUUUAACUCAAAA